AUGACUCCACGUUUGGCUUCUUUCAAAUGCAAACAUCCGGGCUGCAAUGCAGUCUAUCAACGCAAGGAACACUUAACCCGACACAUGACGCAUCAUGAUCAACGGCAGCGCUGGUCUUGCCCCUACUCAUCCAGCGAUCUCUUACGUCGUCAUAUCCGAACCUACCAUCCACAGAAAGAUCCGCCGCCAUCCCGCGCACAAAGGGCUUGUAAAGUCUGCCAUGCUCGAAAGGAACGCUGUGACGGCGAAUACCCCUGCAAUCGAUGUCAGCGACGAAAAGUUACCUGUUCACGUGUUAUUCCGCAGGACAUGGCCGCUCCUAAUGAGCAACUUACUCUCCCCAACACGGACUUGAAUUCGACUUCCGUACUUGAGACGACCCGGUGGAUUUGGCCAAUAUUGCACUGGGGGACCUUUAAGCCCCCAAAGGAACCGUGCAUCCUCCUCCAAUCAAUGGUCAUGAUUGGGUUGUGGAUUAAAGGCGACCAAGUGGCCCAGGACAGAGCGAUGACUUUCCAUCGGAAAUUGCUUUCUGCGAUUCAAGCUCAAAGGUCUCAAUGGUAUAUAUCGGAAUCGACGGCAUGCAACAACAAUUACAUACCUUGGCCGAUUGCAACCUAUCAGAGUAUCCUUCUGCAGUUAAUAUUCGCUCUCCUGGUCGGCAAAAAAGAGAAUACCUUUGGUCUGGAUUUUCGUUUCCAACUUCCAACUCCAAAAUACGAACUACUCGCCUCGCUUGUGCAAACCUGCCGGCGACUUGGCCUGUUCCACUAUCCGAAUAUGCUCGCACAACACGCCUCCUCUGCGCCAAUCGCGCUCGUAUGGGUGAGUGUAGAGGAGGUGAAGCGUUUCGGCUUAGCGUUAUAUAAAUUAUGCCGCCUUUGCUCUCAACCUUGUGAGCCGACUGAGGCAGUUGAAGGAGACAGUGUUACUGGCACUGGAUUGAGAAGAGAGCUUCUGACUCUAGUAGACCUCGACUUCUGUAUGCCGGAUAGCGAUGAGGUUUGGAACACUCCACCUGGUACUGAACCGGAAUUUAUCAGAAUUACUGCGUUACAGGAGACAGGCAGGGAUAACCGAGAUUCGGAUAAUUGGAUUUCACGGACGUCGGGGCAACUGUACGAUGCUCAUGUUAACUUUGACUGGAUAUAA